AUGGAACAGUUGAAUCCGGCUUCAAUGGAUUGUCUUCCUGAUGAACUUCUUGUCGAAAUCUUAUCCUCCCUUACCACGAAACAAGCAGUUUCAACCUCUCUUCUCUCAAAGAGGUGGAAGACUCUAUAUUCUCUCGUGCAUAAUCUUGACAUUGACGACUACAUCCUUUUCCACCGGGAAGACGGUUAUCAUCGGUAUAGGCCUGACAUUCAAAAGAGUUUCGAGGAUUUCGUAGAGAGGACAUUGGCUUUCCGUGGCCAUAUAAAGACGUUCUCACUAAAAAGUAGAGAAUUAUAUGCAUUUGGACUUGGCGUGGAUGUUGUUAACCGCUGGAUUUGUAAUGCCCUGGAACGCGGUGUCUCUGAGCUACAUCUAUGCAUAAAUUCGCAGUUUGAAUUACCUUACAAAUUCUUCACUAGCACCACACUGGUUAUGCUGUCAUUGGGAAGAGGACUAGUGUGCUCAAAAAUUCCUCCGGAGACAUCUCUCCCAGUACUUAAGAUUCUCUUCCUUUAUUCAAUCUGGUUUAAGGACUUGACACGCCAUGUUGUCGACCUCUACUACUCUGAUCUUCCUAGGCGUAAAGCUCCACAUUGUCAUUUAGAUUCACUUGCCAAAGUUACGUUGGACCUUCAUUACUUAAGAUAUGGCUAUCAAAAGGUGCAAAAUUAUGCGAAUGUGAAAAAUAUCAUCAGUGAGAUACGCAACGUUAAGACCCUUCACUUAACUUCUUCCGCUGUCGAGGUUAUUUCGGUAUGCCGCAAAGAUGGACUACCGGUGUUCAACAACCUUGUUGAAUUAAUGUUUUCGAGUCGAAAACGACAUCGGAAAGUGCUUCCGCUUCUACUAGAGCGUUCUCCAAACCUAGAAACUCUAAUUCUUUCGGAUCUGUAUCGUUACACAUAUGGUCGAAGACAUCGAUUUGUAGGGAUUCAAAUUCCCGCGAAUAACAAAAUAAAGAUGCUGAGUUUCAUGCAAUAUCAAGGAAGUGCAACCGAGCUGAAACACAUAAGCCAUUUGUUACUGAAAAUGGAGUGUCUUGAAGUGGUGAAAGUUUAUCUUGCAACUGAAAUGAAUGACCUUAAAAAGAUGCAACUCACUGAGGAUGAGGUGAAGCUUCCCGCAGCUUCAUCUAAGGUCAAGAUACAAGUCAUGGGAUCAUAA